CCCGCCCGGCCCCGCGCGCGCCGCCCGCGGCCCGCACCGGCCUUCACUCUGGAGCGGCCCCGGCAGCCGCAGCAGGGGCGGCGGCGGCGCAUCGAGGAGCUCUCCAGGUCGUCCCGGGAGCGGCUGCUGCAGUCCCGGGACAGGAUGUUCUCCAAGUUCACGUCCAUCCUGCAGCACGCCGUGGAGGCGCUCGCGCCUUCUCUUCCUUUGCAAGAAGACUUCGUUUACCACUGGAAGGCGAUCACCCAUUACUACAUCGAGACUUCAGAUGAUAAAGCCCCAGUGACCGACACAAAUAUUCCGUCUCAUCUGGAACAGAUGUUAGAUAUAUUGGUACAAGAAGAAAAUGAACGGGAGUCUGGAGAGACGGGGCCGUGUAUGGAAUAUUUGCUGCAUCACAAGAUCCUGGAAACAUUAUAUACCUUAGGGAAGGCUGAUUGUCCCCCCGGGAUGAAGCAGCAGGUGCUGGUCUUCUACACGAAGCUCCUGGGACGCAUCCGGCAGCCGCUGCUCCCGCACAUCAACGUGCACCGGCCCGUCCAGAAGUUGAUUCGGCUCUGUGGUGAAGUCCUUGCAACACCAACGGAAAAUGAGGAAAUCCAGUUUCUCUGUAUCGUGUGUGCGAAGCUGAAGCAAGAUCCCUACCUGGUUAAUUUCUUUCUGGAGAGCAAGCUGAGGUCCUCGGCGUCCCGGGGCGCGCCGGGCGCGGGUCCAGAAGCCCCUGGGCAGGGCCCCGACUGCCCGCCCGAGGAGCUGGCGGCGGGCGCCCCGCAGCCCGAGGCCGAGGCCGAGCCCGAGGAGGAGCAGCGGGCGCCAGGCCUGUCGGGCAGCCUGGAGCAGCUGCACGUCCUCCCGCUGCCCGAGGCCUCGGUGGUGCGGCCCAGCCAGGACUACAAUCUAGUGAAUUCUCUGCUCAACCUCACCAGGAGCCCGGACGGCCGCAUCGCCGUGAAGGCCUGCGAGGGCCUGAUGCUGCUGGUGAGCCUGCCCGAGCCCGCGGCCGCCAAGUGCCUUACCCAGAGCACCUGCCUGUGCCAGCUGCUCACCGACCGCCUGGCCGCCCUCUACCAGGCCCUGCCGCAGGCCCUGGACCCCCUGGACAUUGAGACCGUGGAAGCCAUCAACUGGGGCCUGGACUCCUACAGUCAUAAAGAAGAUGCGUCCGCGUUCCCCGGGAAACGAGCCUUAAUUUCCUUUCUUUCUUGGUUUGAUUAUUGUGAUCAACUCAUAAAGGAAGCACAAAAGCCCACCGCUGUUGCCCUGGCCAAAGCCGUUCAUGAAAGAUUUUUUAUCGGCGUCAUGGAGCCUCAGUUAAUGCAAACUUCAGAGAUGGGAAUCCUGACGUCCACCGCCCUGCUGCACCGCAUCGUUCGGCAAGUGACCUCCGAUGUCCUGCUUCAAGAAAUGGUGUUCUUCAUCCUUGGAGAGCAGAGAGAACCGGAGUUGCUGGCAGAAAUCGGCAGGCAUCCUUUGCGGCAUAGGUUGAUCGAACACUGCGACCACAUAUCUGAUGAGAUAAGCAUAAUGACGUUAAGAAUGUUUGAGCAUCUCUUACAAAAGCCCAAUGAGCACAUUCUUUACAACUUGGUCCUACGGAAUCUCGAAGAAAGAAACUACACCGAGUAUAAACCCGCGUGUCCAGAAGACAAAGACGUGGCGGAGAACGGCUUGGUGGCGGGAGCAGUAGAUCUGGAAGAAGACCCAUUAUUUACUGACAUUUCACCAGAUAACACUCUGUCAAACCAAGAAUGGCUUAGUUCUUCACCCCCCACAACUCCAGACCACCCCAAAAGUGACGGGAAAACGGAAGUCCACAAAAUUGUGAAUAGUUUCCUCUGUCUGGUACCCGAUGAAGCCAAGUCGUCUUACCACGUCGAGGGCACCGGUUACGAUACCUACCUCCGAGACGCGCACCGGCAGUUCCGGGACUACUGCGCCAUCUGCCUGCGCUGGGAGUGGCCAGGGGCGCCUAAAGCGUUGGAAAAGUGCAACUUAGAAGCUGCCUUCUUUGAAGGCCACUUUCUGAAAGUCUUGUUUGACCGAAUGGGAAGAAUUCUCGACCAGCCGUAUGACGUAAACUUACAAGUGACCUCGGUGCUGUCCAGACUGUCCCUGUUCCCUCACCCCCACGUACACGAGUACCUUCUGGACCCCUACGUGAACCUUGCUUCCGGCUGCCGCUCCCUCUUCUCUGUGACUGUCAGGGUGGUUGGAGACCUCGUGGUCCGAAUCCAGCGUAUUCAAGAUUUCACACCCAAACUUCUGCUAGUCAGAAAGCGAUUACUCGGCUUGGAACCUGAAGGCCCCAUUAUCGACCACAUCACGUUGCUGGAGGGUGUGAUCGUUCUCGAAGAGUUCUGUAAGGAGCUGGCCGCCAUAGCGUUUGUGAAGUAUCACUCUUCCUCCACGUCCUAAACGCCAGGUGAACGGAGCUGUGUCCGUGGCCUCAGAAAGGAUUCCUCCACCCAGCCGGCGAGGAUCAAAGCCUUCUGAUUCAAGGGUUGCCGGGAACUGGACAGAACCGUUCAGAACCCACUGGAGGGACACAUUGGUAGAGUGUUGUACAGCGCUGUUUUCACUGGCUCCUGCGUAAUGUCCUUGAAUCCAGGAUACAAUCAAGGAACUUCAGGAAAUGAGCAUUUCUAGUUGACUGCGAAAAGCUGCAAAAUUCCCCAUGUCAUGACUUUGAUGAUAUUUCUGUUAUUUUAAUAUCCUUUAAGGUAACAAGGCAUUUGACAUUCUUUGGGACUCAAGUGGCUUAUAUUCUUUUGGAUUAAUAAGUUGUAAAAAAAAAACUAAUUUUAUAUCUUUUUAAGGUCAGAAUUCUUAUCAAACAAUAAGAAAAAGUACAAAUGAGAAAAAAAAAGUUGAGGAACCAUCAGUUGAGUGUGUGAAUAAUAGGGUAGACUGUACAGAGUACCAUUAACAUUCUUCAGCUUUUCUAAGAAUAACAGUUUAAUAUGAUAAACUCUUGAUUCAUAUGAUAUAUAUAUAUUUUUAAAGAAACAUUUUUCUUUCACUCUUUUGCACACAGCCAUGUUAGUGCUUGAUUUUCAUGUCUGAAAAUCAAGUUUUAGUUAGACUGUCGGUUUAGACCGUCAUUUUUGCGACAACAUUGAAUUCGUGUUCAUCAUAGCGUUGGCUGGAGUAGAAUAUUUUUUAAAGCUGAUUGACAUAUUGGGUUGAGAACCUUCUCUCCCUGCUUCCUCCGAAUAUUGCUUUAAAAUUUGAUUUUUUAGUGGAUGUGCAUGGGAGUGCCUCUGCAAGGGAAUACUCUUGAGCAACAAUCACGCCAACGCCCUUCUUCGUGUUUACUGUUCAGUUUUUAUUCAGUCCUUUAUUUUAAAUUAUUUUAAAGCAACUUAAAAGAAAAAGCAAACAAGUUUACACGUUAGCACGUUCCGAUCCCCGGGAUUCGUGUGGGUGUGGUCAGUGCCAGGCGCCGUGGGCGGGAGCCUCGCCCCGCUGCGUGUGACAGGCUUGGACUUGAUUUCCAGACCGUGGAAGGGCCCACUGGUCCCCUACCCUAGGUCGCUGCUCUACGGCAUGUUCUCCCCUCGGUGUCGCUUCCUCAUCCUCUCCCUUCUCUUCCCUCUCCCCCUCCUUCUCCUCUUCCAUUGAAAUCUCCACCUGCCGCAUCUUACUCUUCAUCUGUCCUUCUGCCGCCGGCCCCAGGGAGCCGACUGUCCAGUCUCCCACCUUGAAAGGCCCCACCUGUCAGCUGACCCUGGAGAAGGGGGUUUCCAUGGCACGUUUGCCGGGUCUGCACCGUGGGGCAUGCGUGCAGGAGCGUGCGCUGCCCCGCUGACCCCGUGGCGUUCCUUUCCUGACUCAUGUUAGAGUUCGUUUUUGCUACCAAGAACAGCCCCAGGAGGCGAUGGACAUCACCGUCUCUAGAACGCUCCCCACUGCUGUUAAAACAUUUCAGUUUUGUGAAAAUCUUCCUUAGCUUGUUCUAGGAAAUUCAUUCAUUGGAUGGGAGAAACCAGUAGGAGCUCGUGUGUGCAUUCUUCUGGAAUGAUCUUCGGGAGAGGAGGAGCUUUCAGUUUACCGUAUUUAUUGAUCCCCUCUGCACGGGCCACUCCGGCCUCUCCAUUUCUGCUGAGAAGACGAUAUUAAGAGAGUGUAGAGAGCCUAGAUGUUUCUUCGUGUUUUCUGUCUUCAAUAGAUGUGAUAGUAAUGAUGUUACCUCUCAAGCCAAAUACAAGUUUAUCCUGAAUUUCACAGUGGGACCUUCCAGCUAAUCCAUGAAACCAUGCUCAGAAAAGCUUUAAUUUUGUGUGUAUGAAUGCUGCUUCUUCAGACAUGAUUAUAUUCCUAAGUUAUUGUGAUGACUCUGGUUUGCAACCAGAACAAUUUAAGGGAUAAUCUUUUUUAAGUUCUUGAUUUUGUUUUUCACGUUUAUUUUAGACCUAGAGCUAGCAUCUCUCACAAGGGAGUUGAAUUUGUUAGGGCAUCAUUGUACUCCUUUACUAGGCCUUUUUUUUUUUUUAACUGACUUUCAGAAGGUGAAUAUUCAGCACUCGCAAAACAGUGACUAAAGGCCCAGUGUCGGGUGGAAAGUAUCACCUUGUCACUUGAUUGCCAGAGCAAAUUCCAAACUGAAUGUUAGCCUUGCUUCACAUAGGUGUUAAUAGGUAUGCUUAAAAAAAAAAAAACAAAACAAGCAAACAAAAAAAAUCCCAUUUUCUCUAGCAAUGUAGUCUUUGGGUUUGUUUUUUGUUUUUCUUUUUAGUAAUGAGCCACGAUCUGUACUUGAUAGAAUUCAGAUUUGUCCUUGGCCAGCUGUCCUGUAGCACUCACCUCUUCACCGUGUAAUGUUCUCAUAGCUGUGCAAUAUGGGAGCUAUGAAUGGGUUCAUAGCUUUUUGGUUCAGUUGUAUAUUAUUGUGUGUAUACAUGUGUACAUAUGUACAUAUAUAUCUAUAUAUAAAAGGACCAAAAUCCUUGGCUUGCUUACACUAUUGCUAGUGUAAAGAUUAUGACACGAAUUUUACGGGGCACAAAUUAUGGAAUUACUUCAUAAUUCAUGGUAGCCUAUUUCCAUAAAUUACUGCAUCCGGAUACAAUUGCCAUUCAAUUAUGAAGUGGAUGGGUAUUGACAGAAGUGUUAUGUCUUAUACAAUGAAGCGCUAAACUCACAAAUGAUCCGGUAAUUCUAUUUUGGGGUGUGUAGUUAAUCAGAAUAUGCAUGGUAUUGUAAUACUGUGGAAACCUGAUAGGUCAUCAUACUUCUGGGCCCUGUAAAAUAGUGUUUCUGUAAUACUCUGUUUUGCCUCCUGCCUUGUUUACAUUAAACAAAGGGUAUUGGUAAAUGUUUCUAUUGCCUGUGCUGUAGCUUACUGACAGUGUUAUUAAGGCCUGGGCUCUCGGGCCGUUUAGGAAGACACCCUUCACCUACAGAUGGCAGUUAUACCUACUCUGUCUUCAAGGAGGUUGUGAUCAAGUUCAGUUUUUUGUGCUAACAGUGCAUGCUGAAAGAUAAUCUCAAAAUAAAUACUGUAAUUUAAACAA